UAAAGAUGAAGUUACCAGUUUGUGUGAAGACCUUCUUGUCAUAACUUGGAUAUUUUACUCUAUGAUCCAGUUUCACUUCAUGCUUCAAGCAACUACGAGAGCAGUCAAAAUUACCAAUGGAGAAUUUUUCAGCCACCAUAGGUGUGCCACUUUCCAUGGGAGAAAAGAAUAGGCUUAUUGUGGUCAUUCGAUUCUCAUAUGAAAAUUACAUCAUUUCAUAUACUCUCCCGCGAAUGAUAUAAAUUCCACACGAAAAGUAUAUUUUUCAACAGUAAUUCCUAAAAAAGCAUGAGAAGAAAGAUUCCUGUGUUCUGGAUCAGUAUUAAAUCACUUUGGUUGGUAGAACUGAAGUUUCAGAAUUCUGAGAACAGGUGUGUCCGUUCCGUGCGUGUUGCUUGUUUGGUGUUUGGUUUUGAUCGUUGCAAAACGUUGCUUGGUCGUUUUAGUUACCUAUACUUGAAAACAAAUUCUUGUUUGGAAGUUUUUGAACAAUGUAUAAAUUCUUUUAAUUGAAUUCAAGUUGUAAUUUUAUAUUUAUACUCUACAAUCAUGUUGCCUAAUCGCGUAAAUCCGAUUCCGACUCCAAAUCCAAUGCUGAGUGACACCACUCAAAUGAACAUAAAGGAUAAAGAGAAAUACAUUGAAGAAUUUAAUUUCCCAUUUUGUGAUGAGGCUUCUAAGUACGAGAAAAUUGCAAAAAUCGGACAAGGAACCUUUGGGGAGGUUUUCAAAGCAAGAGAGAAGGCGAAUCCCAAAAAGAUUGUUGCCAUGAAGAAAGUUCUCAUGGAGAAUGAGAAGGAAGGUUUUCCUAUCACUGCUCUCAGAGAGAUACGUAUAUUGCAACUUCUAAAACAAGAAAAUGUUGUGAAUUUGAUUGAAAUUUGCAGAACAAAAGCGACUGAGUUCAACAAGUACCGUUCUACUUUUUACCUAGUUUUUGAGUUCUGUGAACACGACCUUGCCGGACUGUUAUCAAAUGUGCAGGUGAAAUUCAAUCUUGGAGAAAUAAAAAAAGUCAUGCAGCAACUACUGAACGGAUUGUACUACAUCCACAGUAACAAGAUUCUACAUCGUGACAUGAAGGCGGCCAACGUACUUAUUACCAAAACAGGAAUUCUUAAACUGGCAGAUUUUGGGUUGGCGCGAGCGUUCAGUGCAGCUAAGAAUGGCCAAGUUAAUAGAUACACUAACCGAGUGGUGACACUGUGGUACCGUCCGCCGGAACUGCUCUUGGGAGACCGCAACUAUGGGCCACCAGUGGACCUGUGGGGCGCCGGCUGCAUCAUGGCCGAGAUGUGGACCCGCAGUCCCAUCAUGCAGGGCAACACCGAGCAGCAGCAGCUGACGUUCAUCACACAGCUGUGUGGCUCCAUCUCACCCGAGGUGUGGCCUGGGGUCGAGGCCCUCGAACUCUACAACAAGAUGGAGCUGGCGCGUGGACAGAAGCGCAAGGUGAAAGACCGUCUGAGGCCCUAUGUGAAGGACCCCUUGGGUUGUGAUCUCAUCGACCAGCUUCUAGCGCUCGACCCAAGCAAGAGAUGUGACUCGGAUUCUGCCCUGAACCACGAUUUCUUCUGGACUGAUCCGAUGCCGUGCGACCUGAGCAAAAUGCUCGCUCAGCACACUCAGAGCAUGUUCGAGUAUCUGGCACCGCCGCGUCGUCCGGCAAACAUGCGCGCGCAUCACGCUGUACCCAGCGCCACACUCACCACACACGCACGUGUGUCCAGCUCGGCUACCACUGAUACCACUUAUCAGGAUAGGGUGUUCUAAGCACCUUUCCGUUUUUCAAAUACAGUAGAGUAUCGAUUAUCCGACCCUAAGUGAAUUUAUGUGUAUAUAUUUUAAAUGUGUUGAAUUUCAUUACAUGAUUGUAAGUCGAAUAAUAGGGGCAAUGUAUACACAACAAAUAUUUGAUUUCAAAUAUUUUUUUGUCUCUAUUUGAUAUCUAAAUGUGUACAGUCGCAUUACACAAUUGGAAUUCGAAUAAUAAUGGGAAUGAUUUUUCCAACUAAUAUUAUUUGAUUUCAAUUUUUUUCCAUUUUUAUAUAUGUUAAUGUGUACAAUCACAUUACACAAUUGAAAGUCGAAUAGAAAUGAUGUUUACAACUAAUAUAUUAUUUCAAAUAUUUUUUGUCUCUAUUUGAUAAAAUCUAACUGUGUACAAUCGCAUUACACAAUUGAAAGUCGAUUAAUAAUGGGAAUGAUGUUUCCAACCGAUCAUUAAUUUCAAUUUGAUUUUAUAUCUAAAUGUGUACACUCACAUCACACAAUUGGAAUUCGAAUAAUAAUGAAAAUGAUGUUUCCAACCGAUAUUUAAUUUCAAUUUUUUUUUCAAUUUGAUUUUAUAUCUAAAUGUGACUCACAUUACAAAAUUCAAAUUCGAAUAGGAUUGGAAAUGAUGUUUCCAACCAUUAUUUAAUUUCAAUUUUUUUCAAAUUUAUUUUAUAUCUAAAUGUGUACAAUUACAUUAGACAAUUGAAAGUCGAUAAUAAUGGGAAUGAUGUUCCCAACUAAUAUUUGAUUUCAAUUUUUUGUUUGAUUUUUAUAUCUAAAUGUGUGCAAUCACAUUACAAAUGAUACGGGUAAUGAAAUUAACAACUUUGAAAAAAUGUAAUCACGGAACCUAAGUUCCUCACUCUCCCUCUAGAAAAUUAUAGUCUGAGCGGGAGGAAAGUUCCUAUAUGCACGAUUUGCGUAUCAAUAUGUUGAAUAUUGAACAUUCAAACUUAUAAAUAAAAUAUGUUAAUAAGUUAAUGUAAAAUAAGUUAAUAGAAUGGCGGUUCACAGCCUGGGGUAGUGUAAUAAUGAUUAUAAUAAUAAUUAAUAAUUUUCUCACAAUAUAAUUUUACUAACAAGAAAUAUCGAAUAAUAAAUACUAGUCAGUCCUAAUAAUUUAUAAUCGUGGUUUCUAAGAUACUUAUACCAAACAUUCUACUUGAGUAAUGGAUAGGUUUGCAGAACCUUUGGGUACUCCAAAUUUAUUUGGUCUCAUUUCGGAAUGAUAAGUAUUUUUAAAUCUUUUUUCAUUCCUGUGUGUGCAAGAGAGGCAUAGCAAGUCAGAUAAAUGUUUCUAGCUGAGUGGGAUCCCAAAUGCGUAGAGUGGAUUCUUCGGAAAUUCUACACUGCAGCAAUUUUUUUCUGAAUGUUGCUCACAUGAACUGGAUGUUCUCUUAUCUAGAACUAGUCAGGGUAGCGGUUAGCGCAAGUGUAGUUACGACAAAAAUAGUGAUUGAUUAGUUGUCCAAGUUGUUGAAAUCUUCUUCAAUCAUUUAUCAAUUCUCAAUAAGCUGAGUUUUUUAUUUUGUUCUAGACUGCAUUUCUCUCCUUUCAAAAGACUGUUGGCACAAUAACAUCUGAAGUUCCUGUUUGUUGCCAGUUCUCUUAGAUCAUGUAUCGAUCUUUGUUUUUGCUGGCAACGUCUGUCAAAUUUAUUUGAGUAAAAUAUAUUUUAUGUUUGUAUAGCUUAUAUUAACAUUAAGUACAUCACUAGUGUUUUGUAUCAUGACAAAUGAGCUGAUGAGCAAAACUGUUUACGAACAGUAAGAAUGCUCAAACUCAUAAUGAAAUUACUUGUUGAGGAUUUAUAGUUUUGGUGAUAAGUUACCUUUCUAGAAUAUUUACCAAAGUUAUAAAGUUACCUGUAACAAGCUCAACGGUUAUGAUUAUUUGUGUGUCGUAUUCACGAAAAAAGGGUGUGAACCACCCUUAAAGUGAUUUAGAGUAGCGUGUUUGAGUAUUGUUUGCAAUAUUUGAAACUGUUGAAAAGUUAGUGAAUCUUUUCUUUUGACGGAUAUAACGGAGUCGGAUAAUCGAGAAUCUACUGUAUUAUAGAACUUCCACACAAGUUCAUAUUAUCAUACAAAUGCUAUUAAUCGUCUAUUUUUUACAUGAUAUAUUUCUGUAUUCUAGAACUAGAACUCUGUUAACCUCAAAUCAAGGUUAGCUGAAAUAAAAAAUAUAAAAAAAAAAAAAAAAAAGAGAUAAAUGUUGUUGUGAAUUUUUUAUAUAUUAUAUAUAUAUUUCUGUAAUCUAGAACUACCAGGCUCUGACAUACCCAAGCCUAGGAUGAUGACUGGAAAGAAAAACCAUUCAUAUUAUCAGCUAAAUAUAUUGAUGUUGGUGUUUUUAGUCCUAUCGAAUCAAUUUACUUAUUCUAUGUCUUAUCGAUGGUAAUGUUUCUGUAUGCCUAGGUUGACUGAAAAAAAAACAACUUAUCACAUUAAUGUUGAUGUAAUGUGAUGUAUACUUCUGUAAUCUAGCACUUCCAGACUCAGUCUCUCCCUAGCCUAGAAAGAAACAUUCAUAUUAUCAGUUUAUGUUAAUCAGAUAAAUGAUAUUAAUUCUCAAAUUUAGUGUUUUUUGUACUAUUAAUUAUUCUAUGUCUUUUCGUUUAUAAUGUUUUUGUAGGCCUAGGUUGGCUGGAAAUAGAAAAAAACAUACUCAGUCACUCCCUAGCCUAGAAAGAAACAUUGAUAUUAUCAGUUUAUGUUAAUCAGAUAAAUUAUAUUAAUUCUCAAAUUUAGUGUUUUUUGUACUAUUAAUUAUUCUAUGUCUUUUCGUUUAUAAUGUUUUUGUAGGCCUAGGUUGGCUGGAAAUAGAAAAAAACAUAAUUAUUCUCAGAUGAAUGUUGGUGUCAAUGUUUUAUACUAUGAUAUUAUGUAAUCUAGAACUUCCAGGAUGGCUAAAAAGAAAACAUCCAUAAGUUAAUGUUAAUCAGCUAAAUGUUAUUAAUUUUGAACUAUUGAUAUUGGUGUUAAUCCUACUGGAUCAAUUCAACUAUUCUAUGUCUUAUCGUUUAUGUUUUUGUAUGCCCAGGUUGGCUGGUUGACAUCACAUGAAUAUUGAUGUCAAUGUUUUAUAUCAUUUAUGUAUUCUAGAACUACCAGGCUUUGUCACUCUCAAGCCUAGGAAAGAAAAAAUAUUCAUAUUAUUAAUCAGUUAAUGUUAAUCAGCUAAAUGAUAUUCUUAACGUUUGAUAUUGGUGUUUCUAUUCCUACAGAAUAAAUUGAAUUAUUCUUCGUGUCUCAUCUGUAUCUGUUUAUAAUAAGACAAUAAAUUACUUGAAUGUCA